AUGCCUUCCUUUAGUAAUGUUAUUAGAGGGCCUUCUUCUUCGAAUAAUAAUUCUCAAAUAAAUAAUGAUAAUGAAGAUAAUAACAAUUCUUGUGUUCUUCCCCCUCCUCCUCCACCUCCACCUGUUAAUAUGCCUAAAAUACCUCCAGUCAACAAUAAUUCUUUAAAGAGCAAUUCCCCUUCAAUCCCUACUCCAUCUCCAAAUAAAGGAGAAGAUAACCGAAAAAAGAUGUUAGCAGAAAUUCGUCUUGGAGUAGCUUUAAGACAUGUAGAUACUGUUGAUAAAGGAGCACCAAAAAUUGAAUUGGACGAAAAUGAACGUCAACAAUUAUUGAGAGCUACAACACCUAAUGAUUCUCUUGAUAGUCAAGGUAAAAGUCCAAGUCCUUCCCUAACUCCAACAACAAUAAGUAGCAAUUCCUCCUCUCCUUCCCAGUAUUUACAACCAAAUAUUAAUGGACAAAACCAGCAAAAUUCACGUUCACCUUCCCCCCUUCAACAACAACCUAAAAAACAAUGGAAAUGGGCAGAAGUUAAAACAGAAGCAGAAAAAAGAGAAGAAGCAAUUACACAUGGAAGGCAAAACAGUGACUACCAAUUUGAUGAUAAAAAACAAAUAGAAGAACGACAAAAAGAAGUUGCUGCCCUUUCUGGCACUGGAGGUGCUCAAUCAAAAAUUGCUGCUUUUAAGCAAUUACAGGCUUCUAGUAGCCCUUCUUCAGCAUAUUGUACAUUACCUAGAAUAUCAAAGAAUGGGGUUGGGGCAAAAUGGGAACAAAAACAGGAAAAUGGAAAAAUUGAUGGUACAAAAACUAUUAAUAAUGGGUAUGUUCUUGGUAAAUAAGAAUUAAUUAUCUAAAGGGCCGCCACACUAAUAAGCUCUCACAUUUUUUGAUAAAAAUACUAGACUUGGUUAGAAUAUUGAAAACUGAGAUUUUUGAGUGAGAUCUCGUCUCUGUCCUAUCUCUAGCAUUUUUUACCAAUAACAGAAAUAUAUACACCUCU